AUGUCUAUUGUCAAUAUAUUGUCUAUUGAUAUAUUGAAUAAUCCAGCUCCUUUUCUAUCACCUUAUGAGUUUGAAAUUACGUUUGAAUGUUUAGAAUCUCUAAAAAAUGAUUUAGAAUGGAAAUUAACUUAUGUUGGUUCAGCAACUUCUACAUUACAUGAUCAAGAACUUGAUAGCCUUUUAGUUGGACCUAUACCCAUUGGAAUUAAUAAAUUUUUGUUUCAAGCAGAUCCACCUACGGCAGAACUUAUUCCUAAGAAAGAUAUUCUUGGUGUUACUGUUAUAUUACUCACAUGUGCUUAUGAUAGUCGAGAAUUUGUAAGAGUUGGAUAUUAUGUUAAUAAUGAGCUUCCAGGAGUAUUAUUGAGAGACGAUGGUACUCCAGAUGUCGAAAAAUGGACAGUAGAAGAUGUUCAACGUAAUAUUCUUGCAGAAAAACCUCGUGUAACUAGAUUCAAUAUACGGUGGGAUGGAGAGGGAGGUGAAGAAAUGCCUCCUGUACAAGAUGAUGUAGAAGAAGACGAAGAAAUAUAUAGUAUGGAAGAACAAUUUGAAGAUUUUCUUGAAGAAACUGAAUACGAUGAGGAAGCAAUUGAAAUAGAUUUGGAAGGAGAAGAAACUAGUGAAUCCAAUAACUCCUAA